GAAUUGAUGCGCGAGUUCGGAAUGGCUUAUUUUGGUCUUAUUGGUGUUUUGGUCGUAUAAGUAAGGUCGUAGCUGCGUAAGUAUUUAUCGUCAGAGCUUAAAUUGUAUACUUAUGCGGCGCGUAAGUCAUCGAUUGGCUGAACUUUGACAAGGUUCCCAAAACUCACCUACCAAAAAUCGAAUUGAGAGAAAUCUUUUGUAGCUUUUUGAGCUAAAAGCCUAAUCUAAACAAAGGCGAGAAUCCAACUUAUACAUACAAAGUGCCAUUUCGAACACGCAGCGAAUGAUCACUAUACUUAUAUAUAAAGAUAUUGAAAGAUAAGGGGCCGCGCACACGAUGGUUGCAGCUUACUUCGGUCUUCGCCUAUUUUGUCAUCGUUCGAAAUAAAUUCAUCGGCUCUCGCGCGCCCGAGAGGGAGAGAGAGAGACUACAUCCACGCAGUCAGUGCCAGUAGGUAGUGCAUCGGCGAAACGGCCAAGACCUGGAAAAUGGGUCACUCGACGAUAGACAAGCAGAUCGUCAACGGGGAACUGGAGUUGCCACCGUUAAGGAGUCUUAACGACUUCAUCCUCGACUCGGCUCGUUUUCAGAUACCGAAUCUCAAAGAUCUAGAUAAAUGGGGCAAUCGCGUCGUCAACAAUCUGCUGUACUAUCAGACAAACUACUUCUUCACAGCGGUUGUCAUUUUUGUUCUCGUGGGGUUGAUCCACCCUGGAAAGAUGAUCGUUGGAAUGCUGGCAAUGGCUGUUAUUCUGCUUACCUUUGCUUAUCUGUCAACCGAGGGAAGAGCUGUGCAUAAUUUUAAGAAGCGUUUUCCUGGUACUGGUAUUCUUCUUAUGCUCAUCGCUGGAUGCUUUUUGACUUACACUCUUGGUUCUCUGCUAGUCUUCUUAGUGGGCAUUCUAUUGCCUUUUUCAGUGAUAUUUAUCCAUUCUUCUCUGCGAUUGAGAAACAUGAAGAACAAGAUUGUCAAUAAGAUCGAGGGAAUUGGUUUGAAACGCACUCCCAUGGGUGUCUUUUUGGAGCAACUCGAGAACAUAACUGGUAUGGCCUUGCGCGCGCAAACAUCUAUCAUACAAAAAAUUCAAUAAUUUGCCUUCGAGAAGCAAGAUACUUAACUGGUAAAGGAUUGCUGCACGACUGCCUUGCUACCAGGUCUACAUCAGGAAUAACAAAAAAUCGAUAAAAGCCAAAGAUCCACAACGACUGACUUCAACCGUUUAACUCGUCGAAUUUCCAUGAUUUUCGAUCUCAAAAUAUCCAUUUAUGAUUACUAACAAGAUUGAAAAGUGAAUAUUUAUCGCUAAUUUUGUUUCACUGUAGGGUAAUCAUAAUUUAUUUUUGUAACUGACAGAUUUUUAAAUGUUGACCACUGCUCUGCCUUAUCAAAGAUUUUUAUAUACUGGAUUGUUGGAGGGUGUAUAAUGGAUUUAUAACAAAUAUUUUACAGAAAUAUUAUUUUUUUUAUAUAUACAUUAUCAUUAGAAAAAGUGACACGAAUACAAUUUUCGUUACUUUGUUCAAGA